AUGUAUCCAGAAUGGCCCAAGUCGGCCGCCGACUUGACCCCACUCCCCCUUUGCCCAGGCCCGACGUUGCCGCCAUUCGACUUCAAGGGUUGGCAGGACAUUGAGUUCCUCGAAUACCUUGGAGACGGCGCGCAUGCACAUGUCUUCAAAGUUCGAUUACUCGGCAAGAUAUACGCGCUGAAACUCUUCAGAUUUAUCUUUGACGAAGAUUGGCCAUCCCCCGCCGAGGAAAGAGGAGACCUUAUUGAAGACGCAGAACUAUUAAAGCCAUUUUAUCACUAUGCCGAGCCUUUUAGCGCCGAAUGUCGCGCCUUUGGCCGCCUCCGAGAAUCGGGCUAUGAAGACCUCGCCGUCCGCUGUUUUGGCUACUUGCUGCUAGACGAGAAGAACGAGCGAGCCAUGAGGGACAAGUUCAAAGACAUGGAUCUUAGAUUCAAAGGCAACGGCGACUCUUAUACAACCGCCAACCUGCGCGAACGCUUUCCGGGUGCAGACGGCAAAAUCCCACCCAUCCGUGGCAUCGUCAAGGAAUUCGGCCUUGGUGUGGAGGACCUGACUGACAGCGACAUGCGGAGGCUUCUGCGCGACAUCAUCAAAUUUCAGCAACUUGGAAUCCUCCAGAUUGAUGUCAACGAAACGCAGUUGAUUGGUGGCAAGUUUUGUGAUUUUAGCAUCGCCGUUACCAUCCCGCAUUUUAUCACGAGUCCGGAGCUGAACCCGCGCCUAACGCCUGACAUGGUAGCGCUUCUAGAGUACGAGACUUUCCAAUGCAGCAUCAACGACUUCUACGCCUUUGACCGCAUGGUCACCAACCGGAAUUAUCUGUACGAGGGCCAGAAGAAGCCCAUCUCAGUGCUUGCACUCCCGCCGCACGGGGUGGCUUGUCAAACCAGAUAUGGUCUGCGAGGGAGGGACUCACAGGCGCCGGUCUUUACCCUCGUUGACCCACGGCGGCUGAAGGCACUGUUCGAACCCGCCAAAACCCCCAAUACCGUCACCCAGUCCUUGAGCAAGAAAUGCCGCGGUCAUGGGAAGGCCACAGUCAAGCGCAAGAUACGGCUGAUGGCCAAGCCACCUAGGUGGUACUACUUUUGCAGCAAAAGGGAGGCCGAAAAUCUGAGUGAUAUCGAAGCCUAUUCGAGAUUUUACAAGUUCGGAGAAGAUAACAUCAUCGAAUGGGAAUAUUUUACCCUGGAAAAUCUGAACACAGAGUAUGGACCCUUGCUGGACAACCCCAACUUCAGACACGACCCCCCCCCGACCGACCAUUCCGGCAUCGUGAACCCAUUCGCCUGGAAUGACGACGUUCUUCGUCCGACUUUCCAGUUUGCCAAAGCUCUCCAGUUUGCCAAGCCGAGCUUCGAGCACUACCGCGGUGUCGAGCCCCGCCACGUCUACCGGGCGCACAACGGCGCCUUCAUCUCCCACCCUCCCGGGACCGACAAGGUCCAGGCGAGCCAUGAGAUCAGUCUGGACCGGUCGCCCAUACAACCACUGGUCGUGGGAAUCUACCACGCGGGCUGGAGCGGCCGGGAACUGCUGAGGGGCAGAAAGGUCUCCCGCUACCCCGUCUCGGAUCUGGCGCGCCACUGCCGCGACGCGGGGACCCGGUUCGGCUACAUCCAGUGCACCACGGAGCUGGUCGCGUGCUGCUUCUCGAACAUCGACUUGGAAGACAGAGCGGCGCUCAUCGCGCCCGUUCCGAUGAGCCUGCAUGGCGAGACUCAGCUAACAACGCAUCUCGCACUGUGGUGGCUCUGCAUGACGGCCGCGCUGGAUGCGGUAGUCGCCAACGAGAAUGACGAGGACCGAAUAAGAGACACAGAGACACAGUGGCAUACCUUCGGCGCGGGGCGGGUUGAGGGCCAGGAUGAGCUUGACAGUCCUGACUCCCGCACGCCGCCUCCGCCGUACAGCGCUCCAGAGCCAGGCAACGCUGCCGCUUUUGAGGCGAGCGUGGGCUUGCCAAACUUUGUGUGGGACACUUACCCGGAUUCCCCUGAUGCCGUUAUCUUCCAGCCUGAGUCAACCACACCCGCCCUCAACUCAAACGCCACUGCCGCCAACCCUGCUAGUGACACCUUUUGGGGGCCAGGCGACGCCGACGUCGCCGGCUUUGAUGCGCUCUUGGCCUCGCCAAACGGAACGAGACUCUCGGGAUACCUCAAUAACCCUACCCCCGAGCCCGAAUCAAACACACCCGUUCCCAACUCAAACGCCACUGCCCCCAACCCUGAUAGUGGCACCGUUGCCCCUGAUUCCAACAUGAACCAGAACCACAAUACUACUGCUCCCAACAGCAACACAUUUGGCUACUGCGCUACAACUAAUGCCUAUGAUAUUGACUGGAGCGCUCAUUGUCCCGGAUUGAGCGUACGUAUUUCCGGGACUAUGCCUAAUGCCUGGAACCUUGCUGGUCUUGGCGUGCCCAUGGCCAAUAACAACGCUGCUCCCCCCAAUUUCCCCAUGGGCGAUUACAACGAUGCUUCUCCGGACUGGAACAUGGCCAAUAACAACGCUGCUCCCCACAACUUCCCCAUGAGCGGUUACAACGAUGCUUAUCCCGACUGCAACAUGGCCAACUACGACUGGAACAUGGACAACUUCGACUGGAACAUGGGCAACUACGAUGCUGAGAGGUUCGACUUGAACAAGGGCAACUACGACUGGAACAUGGGCAACUACGAUGCUGAGAGGUUCGACCUGAACAAGGGCAACUACGACUGGAACAUGGGCAACUACGAUGCUGAGUCUAGCGCUUAUGACGUCAAUGUAAUUAGUUAUGGCCAUAUACUCGAAUCUGAGUUCCCCCAAGAAAUCCCCGACCCUCAGAGAUUCUUUUACGGAGUUGCGAUCCGCCGAGAAAAAGACAUCAAAAAGGUGAUUCAUUGGGACUACACGCUACUCGAACGAGCUCUCAAUCCCCUCAAGAAGCCCCAAGACAUUAACACAAGCUACAACCUCUUGCACCAGUGCACCAAUAACGACCCAGGCGAUCACAAUCUGCGGACCACGCACCAUGUUAUUCGAUACAAUAGACAUGUCGUCAUGGCAGGGUUCGGCCGAUCCAGCGUCAAAUUUGACGACGAAAAUGGCUUCGCUUUGGCCCGUCACCGAAGUCCGAUUCGGCAGCUGGCCAAUUCCUGCAUGUCGUUCCGGCUCCGAUACGGGUACAUCCUAACCGACAAGGCCAUGGUCGUGUGCCGCUUCCGCAAGGUUGGACUUAGCAAGAAUAAAGACGAGAAACUUGACCCCGACCAGCUGAUGGCGGACAUUAAGCGCAUCCCGUGGUCGAACAAGGGCGAGGAUGAGUUAACGACAGACCUAGCUCUAUGGUGGCUCCUCAUGCUGGCCCUGUCGGACGGACAGCAACGCGACAUUGUCGAGAGUAGCAAAACAACAGAAGUGGACACAUGGGAAGUUGUUGAAGAGAUUGAAGGUGGGAAAGUGGUGCAGAAGCAUCGCCAUUGUUACUCGCACGUCACCAAGGACACAACGCCGCCCAAGGGCACCAAACGCCGGCUGCUACCCGCCCAGCAGCCGGAUUCUCGUGGCGAAAGCACACAGCGUCACGACUUUGAUGCGUUCGCUGGUGAUAUGGGUAUAACAGGGAUUGCGGAGGCUUUCAGUGUGGCAGAGGUUGCGGAGGAUUCCAGUAUGACAGACGUUGUGGAGGAUUCCGACUAUAACAGCAACGCUGUCGAGGAUUCAUUUUUCGAAGACGCCUGGCACAACUACAGCACUGACUCCGACGACGACGUCAUGGACGACAAUUUUGCCGCCCACCAACAUCAACUUGGAGAUCAAAUUUAA